GCAUAACAAAAACACCUUAAACCUCUCGCUCCACUUUCCUAACACCCUAACUCUUACCACUCUUUCUUUCUUCCUUCUUCUUUCUAUUCUUCCUCCGUUUUCUACGCUCUGCACAAUUCCAGAAUGGCAUCGCGAGCGAUUCUGAGAAGGAGAAGGAGUUUUGUUCAACAAUACGUGAAUAACGGUUUCUCCGCUCCGACUCCGAGUAACCGCUCUCUGCAACGUGCGAUAGCUACGACUUCUCCUCCGUCUCCAUGCAAGCACGGAACGACGCCGUUCGGAGACGACUCCUUCGAUCGUUAUGGAUUCGGACAACGCGUUCGCAGAUUCGGGAGCUUCGUUCCUCGGGACGGCUUUUCGGGAUUGAAUGCGCCGAUAGGUGUGCGGUGGCUGUCGCAGAUGUCGUCGGCGGCGAAGAAGCAUGAGCCGGAGGAUAUUGACGAGACUGUGGCGAAGAAGCGGAAAGAAGCGUCGCCCGAGGAGUGCGAUCAAGCCGUUGAAGGCUUGAGCACUGCGAAGGCCAAGGCCAUGGCGAAACGGGCGCAGGAGUCGCAGAAAGAGGUGCAGAGUGUUUUGAGGAAAGUGUGGACUGCGUUUUUGGGAAUCGGUCCAGCGUUGAGAGCCGUGGCUUCUAUGAGUAGGGAGGACUGGGCAAAAAAACUGGUUCACUGGAAAGGGGAAUUUGUGUCGACAUUGCAGCAUUAUUGGUUGGGUUCGAAGCUGCUGUGGGCUGAUGUGAGGAUCAGUUCCAGGUUGUUGUUGAAGCUUGCGGGUGGGAAGAGUCUCUCCAGAAGGGAGAGGCAGCAACUGACACGGACUACUGCUGACAUCUUUAGGCUAGUUCCUUUUGCAGUAUUUGUUAUUGUUCCCUUUAUGGAAUUCCUCCUGCCUGUGUUUCUGAAGUUAUUCCCUAACAUGUUGCCAUCAACAUUUCAAGACAAGAUGAAAGAACAGGAAGCAUUGAAAAGGAGACUCAAGGCAAGGAUAGAGUAUGCACGGUUCCUUCAGGAUACUGUCAAAGAAAUGGCAAAAGAAGUUCAGAACUCCCGUAGUGGAGAAUUAAAGAAAACAGCUGAAGAUCUUGAUGAAUUUUUAAACUUGAUUAGAAGAGGUGCAAGUGUAUCUAAUGAGGAAAUUUUGGGCUUUGCUAAGUUGUUUAAUGAUGAACUUACUCUUGAUAAUAUAAGCAGGCCACGGUUAGUCAAUAUGUGCAAGUACAUGGGAAUCAGCCCUUUCGGCACUGAUGCAUACUUACGAUAUAUGCUAAGAAAACGUUUACAGAGGAUUAAGGAAGAUGAUAAAUUGAUUCAAGCAGAAGGUGUGGAUUCUCUUUCAGAAGCCGAACUACGGGAAGAUUGUAGAGAGCGAGGCAUGCUUGGGUUAUUUUCUGUUGAAGAAAUGCGCCAACAGCUUCGAGAUUGGCUGGAUUUAUCUCUGAAUCACUCUGUGCCAUCAUCUCUUUUGAUACUUUCAAGGUCAUUUACAGUGUCUGGGAAAUUGAAACCAGAAGAAGCUGUACAGGCUACACUUUCUUCUCUCCCCGAUGAGGUUGUAGAUACUAUACAGGUUACAUCUCUACCCUCCGAGGAUUCUGUUUCAGAGAGAAGGAGGAAAUUGGAGUUCCUUGAAAUGCAGGAAGAACUUAUUAAGGAGGAGGAAGAAAAAAAAGAGGUGGAGCAAGCAAGGAAGGAGAGUAGUUCUAGUCAAGAGGAUAAGGCCCUGAAUGAGAUGAACAUUUCAACAGCAAAAGAAGCUCACCAGCUUGCUAGAGACAGAGCAGUGGAAAACAAAGAGCAACUGUGUGAAAUCAGUCGUGCAUUAGCUGUUUUAGCAUCUGCAUCGUCUGUAAGUACAGAGCGUGAAGACUUUCUUAGGCUGGUUAAUAAAGAGAUAGAACUCUAUAACAGUAUGGUAGAGAAAGAGGGUUCAAAUGGUGAAAAAGAUGCCUAUAAGGCAUAUAAAGCUGCCCGAGAGGAACAUGAACAUGCCACUGAGUCGGGUGAAGAAGGGGAUAAGGUGUCAUCAGCACUCAUCGAGAGAGUUGAUGCUAUGCUUCAAAAUCUUGAGAAGGAAAUAGAUGAUGUGGAUGCCAAAAUUGGUGACCGUUGGAGGCUGCUGGACAGAGAUUAUGAUGGGAAAGUAACUCCUGAGGAGGUAGCCUCUGCUGCAAUGUACUUAAAGGAUACAUUGGGCAAGGAGGGUAUACAAGAACUCAUUAGCAAUCUUUCCAAAGAUAGAGAUGGGAAAAUAUUUGUUGAGGACAUUGUUAGGUUGGGCAGUUGGAGGGAAGAUAGUAAUUCACCUGAAGAUGGGAGCGGGGAGAGGGUAUGAUCCGUCAUUUGACUUCCAGAUACAUUCGAAUUCCAGUUAUUGAUUUUGUAUUCAACUAAUAAGUAGUAGUUCAAUUGUAGCAGUCAGAUGAAAAUCAAGUGUGUGCAAGCUCUGUAAAUUUAUGACAGCUGAGCACACAAAUAUACUUUAUAUUUACACAUGAUACGCCUUGUUGGCUAUUGGGAUGCAUCAUUGCUGUACUAAAAUUUAAAUUAAUUCCGUGAAAUAUAAGUGAAUACAAAAUAUUAUUUUGA